CAAGUGUAAAGGGCCUUUGAGAAGUGAUAUCACUGGUCUGAAAAGAUGUGGUCACCUCUUCCAUGCGAGAUGUGCAUCUUCUAUACACGAUCGGUGUCCAAAAUGCAACAAACCCGUGAAGGAUGUCGAGGCCGACUACCUCAGUUUCUAUAUAACUUUCGGCCAACCCGAUUCGACGGCCGACAUCGCAUCUUCCCAAGAUGAGGAGGGGGAGCUCCGGCAAAGGGCGCUUGAGGCGUAUGCGAGGAGAAAACAAGUGAAAUCAGAUAAACAGAGUCUGGUCGCUAAACUUCGCGGAUUGGAACAGAAGAAUGCUCAGCUGCAAGAUGAACUAACACGAACGGUAACAGAGUGUUCGAGGAUAGAGAAAGAGCACGCUCGGGACGAGGCAAAGUUGGCUGAUACUGCCCGGACGAUAUCAAAGAGCAUCGAACGAACCACAGGCGCUGCGAAGUUGAUCGAGAGUCUCGAAUGUCAGAGGAUCGUACAGGAAGCUUGGAAACAG